AUGAAGGGUGUUGCUGGUGGUGGCCACUGGAAGGUCGUAAACAGCGGGCCUGAAAGUAAGAACAAGAAAUCAGAUGACAAAAGAAUCCUUGCGCGAACACUAUCAGAGCCGAAAAUGAUGUGCAUACUAUCUGAUGCAAAGACCGAGAUAUCGACUGUGACCGAGCUGCCUCUGUCCAGACUGAAGCUUCCCCAAUUUGCCAACGAUACAACCGAACGCGUGUUUCCCAUCCGAUCUGUUCUUUCAUUCGAUUCCAAUCCUUCAUCGGCACUCCAAACGCCUUCGCUGGAUAAACUCGAGUCUCCGUUUUCUCCGUUCAGUGAUGUGCUCAUAAAUGGGUCGAUCGAUGAGAGAAUUGCGGCAUCCAACAAGCGGCCGAACUAUCUGGUUCGCAUGCGCAAGGAGAGAGGGAGCUAUUCUGGAGUAUCGCCAUCGCUUCCGAUAGUUCCGACACUCGCUCAUCCUUUUCCAGAGACAGAACUGUGUUCAUCCAAUACUCGCAGUUCUCCAGACAUUCUUAGUCUUCAGGAGCAGUUGCAGCAUACCAUCUUGGAAGGCGGGAGGGUCUUGAAUACUCGUAGAAAGAACGAAGGGUUGCAAUACUCGCAAGAUGAUGAGGCAGACACGAUGAUCCAGCCAUUUGGUGCAUUUCUCGUUAUCUGCGAGACUGGCGAUUUCUUAGCUGCCCAAAUUGCCAGCAGCAACUCGGGCGAUAUCCUGGGCUACAGCCCCGAGGAGCUGUUCGGACUCGAGUCCAUUUCCAGUAUCCUGCCUGGAUCCCAGCGAAGCAUUUUCCUUUCACAUGUCCGAUAUGUGUUAGAUGAUGAGUAUGAUGUUGAGAUCUCUGGGCCAGAGAUUUUCGAUCUGUCACUCGUGACCGCGACAGGGAAAACAAAGCAUCUUUGGUGUACUAUGCAUACAAGCCAUGCAUAUAAAAAUUAUGUCAUUUGUGAGAUGGAACUGGAGCCAGUCAUUGAAAGUGCGACGGAAAAAAUAUCCCACGAAACCCUAAAAUCUAAAAAGAGAAUGAGCGAUCACAGCAACCCCGAAGACGUGGAUCAGAGGGCAGCAACCUUGAAUUCCGAGCUUCUGAAUGCCCUUCCUCGCAUCCUGCAACAGGUAGCCAGCACGCAGACAUUGCAGGCUCUUAUACAGUAUACCAUUUUGACUCUGCAGCAACUGACCCAGUUUGACCGCUUGUCCAUGUUCCAUUUUGACGGCAAUCGUAAUGGAAUUGUCAUUGCAGAUUCUGCCGACCCAUCCCUAGGCUUGGAGUCGUAUGAAGGUCUUCAAUUCGAGGAGUCGGCAUUUCCAGAAGAAUUGAAGAGAAAGUACUUGCGUAACCCAGUGUCUUUCUCCUAUCGGCAGAGGACUGAGGCUGCCAAAUUGGUGUAUCGAGUGUCAACAAAUCGAUCGGGCCUGGACUCAUCACACUGCUACCUACCAGUGAGCGCAGAGUCUACUAAGACAGACAGGCCGAUCCAAGCCUGCAUCUCCAUCGGUAUUUAUGUCUUCGGAAAAUUGUGGGGAUUGAUCUUAUGUCAAUCAUAUGAUGCUGAUCUGCAACUCCAUCCACUUCUUCAGAAGGUGUGUUGGUUCAUGGGUGAGGCAGUCUCAAGUAAUAUCGAGCGCCUUUCCUAUACACUGCCAUUUCAGUUGCAGGAAAAGAGCGCAUCUCCAACAUACGCGACCAGUAAAGGCAAUGUAAAGUGUUCAUCUGGCGAUCUUCUUUGUCUUUUCGGUGCUGAUUAUGCCGCCGCAUCCAUCUUGGGGGAAAUCAAGAUUUUGGGCAAACCAUUCGACUCUCAGGAAGUUCUCGCCCUUCUUGAGUAUAUGCGCACUAAGGAUCUCGACACUGUGCUUUGGUCAACGGAUAUUCUUUCCGACUUUGAAGAUCUAGCCUAUUCACCCGGGUUUCGGCUUCUGUCAGGCCUAUUAUAUAUACCUCUCUCAGCCGACAGCCACGACUUCAUUAUUUUCUUCCGCAGCAAUAACCAACAUGAAAACCGUCAAAAACUUGCGGGUAGCCAGCAAGACAAUCUCGACAAGCCAAGUCGCCAAAGAGAAUGGUCUGCCACAGAGUUUGCAAAAGCAUCCAUCUUGUCUUUGCUCUACCGGACAUUUAGCGAGAUAUGGCAAGAGAAAGAGGCCGCGAUGCAAAACAACCAACUGAUGAGGUUACUGCUCGCCAACUCAGCGCACGAAUUCCGCACGCCACUAAAUGCAAUCAUCAAUUAUCUGGAAAUUGAAUUAGAUGGAAGUACCAAUCAGGAAACAAGGGAGAACCUUUCCAGAUCACAUUCAGCCUCCAAGUCGCUCGUCUAUAUCAUCAACGAUCUCCUUGAUCUCACAAACGCCGAGAACGGGCAAAGUCUCAUCAAAGACGAAGUCUUCAGUCUAUCUGAAACUCUUUGCGAGGCCACCGAUAUCUUCUGGGAAGACGCAAGACAGAAACAAGUUGAUCUUCAGGUUGUGCAGCACGCUGCAUUACCCUCGGUGCUUGGCGACCAGCGUCGUGUGCGGCAAGUCAUCACCAAUCUGAUCAGCAAUGCCGUCCAGCAUACUUCAUCUGGAGCUGUCACUAUCGAAUCAUGUGUUCCGAGUGGCGGCUGGGAAUCCGAUCAUAUCACAGUGGAAGUGGCUUUCCACGAUACCGGGUUAGGUAUGUCUUCGGAAACCGUCGAGACACUUUUCUGCGAGUUAGAACAAGUUUCCAAUUCGGGAUAUCUGCGGAAUCCUAAUUCCGGAAAGACCUCAGAUGAGUUGACGAUGGAGACGGAGAGUGUCCUAGGAUUGGGUCUCGCCCUCGUUGCUCGCAUUGUUCGCAAUAUGAACGGGCAGUUGAAUCUUAAAUCUGAAGAAGGGAAAGGCAGCUGUUUCAAGAUCAGAUUAAAAUUCCCAUUGUCAGAGAAAGAAAAGCCUGACCUUCCAGAGUAUUUGAAAGAAGACCCGGUGAAUGGUGAAGACCCGGUGAAUGGUGAAGCUUGUAAUGUUCAACAGCCAGAUGGUUCUCGGGUAGACCAAGUAUCUUGCAAAACAUGCACAGGCAAGAGCGAACACGGACGGAUGCCAAACGAGGGGAAUCAAAGCGAAGGCGUGACAUGUCACUGUGGUGAUGGAACAUUCACUUCUCCGAGCAAUUUGUUGGACGUUGAUAUCUCCCUCAAGUCGGGUGAGUCUCGAUUGCUCUCUCUUUCCAAGCCCGAAAACGAACCAUCCUGCGAGCCCGAUCCGAAGACCUCCACCGAAGACAGAAACCAACGCAAGUCAAGUGAAUCCUCGAGCAUGCCUCAGAUCUCCAAGCUCCGUAUCCUCGUCGCCGAGGAUGACCCCAUCAACAGCACCAUCGUGAAGAAGCGUUUGGAGAAACUCGACUACCAGGUUCAAAUGACAAGCAAUGGCAAGGAGUGUGCUUCUCUAUACAUGGAAUGGCCUCACUCCUUUGAUGCCAUCCUGAUGGAUCUCCAAAUGCCCAUCGUGGACGGCACCACCGCUACGAAGAUAAUCCGAGACCACGAAGCCCAAUCAUUCGAGAACUGUCGCAUUUCUAUCUUCGCAGUCUCUGCUUCCUUGAAAGAGAGCGAUCGACAGGCCUACAUUGACGCUGGCUUCGACGGAUGGAUCAUGAAGCCAAUUGACUUCCAGCGCGUGAAAAAGCUGCUAGGGGGAUUGGAAGAUAAAGACAAGCGGGACUCAUGUCUCUACGAACGUAGUACUUGGGAGCAGGGAGGCUGGUUUGAAGCUGGUGAAGAGGAAGCCUCAUCUUAA